AUGGCUCCUAAGAAAAUAAUGCUCAGCAAUGAGGUGGAGUUGCUUUACACUAAAUCAAAAACCUACCUACACCCCACCACUUCCAAGAAGGACAACAUAGUUGGAUACUUGUCACUCUCGAGGGGUAACAACGCCACGAACAAUGACAUUCUACUCUCGUUUACCCCUGAGAAUCUGCUUUCCAAAGAGGAAUUGAAAAUCUACCAGGAAGUGGAUAUCGAUGACUUGCUGAUGGAUUUGGCAGCAUUGCUGCUUCAGGGCAAGUCAGGUAGUGGAUCAAAAAAUAAUACUAUUGGCCUGUUCAGAGUCGUUUCGAAGCCGCCAGUUUCAGUCUUGACGUCUUAUAGUUUUAGUAUCCCAAUUUCUUUCAUCUAUUCCAUUCAAGUCAGAAAGCCCUCGGUUGGCUGGUGGUUUGGCUCAAUUGUCGUUAACUCAAGGGAUGGUGAGAAGCUCCCCAUAGUCUUCUUCCAUGACGACGAGUCCCCAUCAACUAUCCAACACCAGAAAGUGAGGAACCAGAGAUUCGAUCCCUUUGGUGAGGGAGGGGACUUGUUCUGGGGUGGUCUGGAGUUUAUGAAUGCAUUAAAUAAAUUUGCCAAUGUUGAAAAGCUGCGCUUAGAACCUUCAGUGUACUUGGUUAAUCCAGAUUCAUUGGAUUUAAGAAACUUUUCGCCCUACGAAAGUAAAAACAAAAAGGGUACAGAAGGAAAAGCAAAGCAAGAGCCUUUCAAGCUUCCUGAUGUCAAUAAGUUUUUGGCCAAUGCUAAGUGGAAGGUCUUAGAGACAGUUGCGACAUUUUCCACAAGGACCAGAAACCAAGUCAUUGACUUGGUAGAAGAGCACGCUCCAACGAACAUUAAGCAAAUAAUAAAAAAACCUGAAGUUCAGAAAAUGGGAGAGGAAUUUGACAGUGCCAGGGUCUAUUUGGCUAAAUGGGCGGCUCAAGUUAAGGAGGAAGCUGAAGAAUCUCAAAGAAAAUAUAUGCUCGAUGAUGAGUUGUAUAAUAAGAUCAAUAAGGAAAUUGGUUCUAAUGAAAUUUUGACAAAUGAGGAAAUCAGCACUGCUUCAAGAAGAAAGGCAAUUUCGAAAGUGGAAUGGGAAGGAUUUUUCGAUUACUCUGGUAGAUUGUGUAUUACUGUCGGGGAGGUUAAAUCAAGAAUAUUCCACGGAGGUUUAGAAGAUUCAAUUAGAGGAGAGGCAUGGUUAUUUUUGUUGGGAAUCUUCCCUUGGGAUUCCUCCAAGGAAGAGAGAGUGGUGUUAAAGGAAAGUUAUGAAUCUGCCUAUGGUGAAUUGAAAUUGAAAUGGGUUACAGACGAAGACAAGAGAAGUGAAGAAUUUUGGAAGGAUCAAAAGCAUAGAAUCGAGAAAGAUAUUAAUAGGACUGACAGGAACUUAACUAUCUUUCAGAACAAAAGAAGGCUUUCAAUUCAAGGAAUUGACAGUAAGAAGGGACCAAUAGUUAGAGAAGAGACUGAAGAAGAAAGAGGAAGGAGAUCCAGACAAGCUUCCUCUUCAUCUGAAACAGGACCUGCAAAUACUGCUGAGUCAAGAAAUUCCUCUCCAGAAACUCCUGAUGAAGAUGCUUUCGAAAAUGAGGAAGAGGAUGACCAAUUUGACGUUUCUAAUAUCAAAAAUCCACACCUCUUUAGAAUGAGAGAGAUCUUAUUGACUUAUAACGAGCACAAUGUAAAUUUAGGUUAUGUCCAAGGAAUGACAGAUCUCUUGUCACCAUUAUACGUUAAAUUUCAAGAUGAAUCUUUAACGUUUUGGUCAUUUUCGAAAUUCAUGGAUAGAAUGGAAAGAAAUUUCGUAAGGGAUCAAUCGGGUAUGAAAAAGCAAAUGUUACUAUUGAAUGAAUUAGUACAAUUUAUGUUGCCUGAUCUAUUUAAGCAUUUGGACAAGUGUGAAUCAACAGAUUUGUUUUUCUUUUUCAGAAUGCUUCUUGUGUGGUUUAAACGUGAAUUUGAAUGGGAUGAUGUGUUAAGAUUAUGGGAAAUCUUAUGGACAGAUUUAUAUUCCAGCCAAUACCAUUUAUUUAUAGCAUUAAGUGUAUUGAGUGAUAAUGAAAGAAUUAUCAUUCAAAAUUUGAGAAGAUUUGAUGAAGUUUUAAAGUAUAUGAACGAUUUAUCUAUGAAAUUGAAUUUGGAUCAUUUAUUGAUUAGAUCUGAGUUGCUAUUUUUGAGAUUUAGAAGAAUGAUUGAUAUCAUUGAUAGAGAAAAUUCAAAGAAGCCUGCUGUAGAUGGGGAAGAAAACAGCAGUAUUAUCAAGAUUAGCCCCGACUUGAGAGGAUUGUUGAGCAAAGAAUUGGUUAUACAAAAGGAGGUGGAAAGACCAGAAGGGGUAGGUGGUGGUUAG